AACUGAGAAAUGGUCUUAGAGAUGGAAAUGUCAAAAACCUAUCAAUACCGUAAGGUCAUGAAACCCAUGUUGGAGCGCAAGCGUCGUGCUCGCAUCAACAAGUGUCUGGAUGAAUUGAAAGAUAUUAUGGUCGAGUGCUUGACCCAGGAGGGUGAACAUAUUACCCGUUUGGAAAAGGCUGAUAUUUUGGAAUUGACCGUAGAGCACAUGAAGAAAUUGAGAGCUCAAAAGCAAUUAAGAUUAAAUGGCAAUCCCGACUCCAAACUAACCAUAGCUGAAAGUUUCCGUGCCGGUUAUAUUCAUGCUGCCAAUGAAGUGUCCAAAACUUUGGCCACCGUACCGGGAGUAAGUGUUGAUUUGGGUACACAACUGAUGAGCCAUUUGGGUCAUCGUCUCAACUAUUUGCAAGUUAUUGUACCCACUGCUGUUACACCUUUGGGUGUAACACCAGCCAGUUCUACGCACUUUGCUGCCAUGCCACCACAAACCCACUUGGGUUCUUCAUCCAUGUGCAGUUCACCCGAACCGUCACUCAUCACACCACCACCUUCUGAAUGUGGCAGCAGUGAUAGCGGUAGUUGCAGUCCCACACCUAGUGAAUCAGCUUCCAUGUGGCGUCCUUGGUGAAAGAAAUCUAUGGGGCGAAAUCAUAAGGUGUCUUAAGAAAACACCUGUGAUGUGUAUUUGAACAAGAAAAGAAGUAAAUUUCAUCAUGGUUUUCUGCAGCUGAGGAUGAAAACACGGAUGAAACCGGUAGUAAAGACUGCAAUGUAAUGUCAACAAUCAGUCUAACGUUGGCUUAGCAACUGGAAAAGUUGCUGCAAUUUGAAAGUGCAAAAAAAAUUGAGCGCUUUGCAAAAAAUACUUUGUAAAAAUAUUAAAAAAAAUACUUUUUUAAGAAAAGAACUGAAAAUUUUUAAUAAAUAAAAAAUUU